UCAAUAUUUGGCUGCAGUUUCUUGCUUUUAUAGUUUUCCUUUAUUUUGCUGCAACAGGGUGUUAAAAGAUGAUGGCAGAAGAGAUAUGCAAGGAAGAGAAAGGCACAGUCUGUGUUACAGGAGCUGCUGGUUUCAUUGGUUCAUGGCUUACAAUGCGUCUACUUGAGCUGGGUUAUGUUGUGAGAGCAACUGUCAGAGACCCAGGAAAUCCAGUGAAGACCAGUCAUUUGUUGAAACUACCUGGGGCCAAUGAGAGACUAACCCUUUGGAAAGCAGACUUGGAUGAUGAAGGAAGCUUUGACAAUGCCAUUAAUGGUUGUGAAGGUGUUUUCCAUGUUGCAACUGCAAUGGAUUUUGAGUCCCAGGAUCCAGAGAAUGAAGUAAUCAAGCCAACAGUCAAUGGGGUAUUGAAUGUCAUGAGAUCAUGUGCAAAAGCCAAGUCUGUGAAAAGAGUGAUUUUUACCUCAUCUGCCGGAGCAGUGAAUUUUACUGAUGACUGGGGAACACCAGGCAAAAUCUAUGAUGAAACAUGCUGGACCAAUGUGGAGCUUUGUAGGGCUGGAAAAAUGACUGGCUGGAUGUACUUUGUGUCAAAAACACUUGGAGAAAGGGCUGCGUUAGAAUUUGCAGAGAAGAAUAAUGUUGAUCUUAUCAGAGUUAUACCAACAUUAGUAGUUGGGCCAUUUAUAAUGCAGACUAUGCCUCCCAGCGUGGGAGCAGCUUUGGCACUGUUAACAAGGAAUGAGCCCUAUUACAUGAUAUUGAGACAAGUGCAGGUGGUCCACUUGGAUGAUCUCUGCAUGUCACUCAUUUUCCUGUACGAACAUCCCCAAGCAAAAGGCAGAUAUAUAUCUUCCUCCCAUGAUAUCACCAUUGUUCAGCUGGCAAAGAUGUUGGCUCAGAAAUACCCACAGUACAAUAUUCCAACUGAGUUUAAAGAUGCGGAAGAGUCUUUGCCAGUGGUACCAUAUUCAUCAAAAAAGCUUGUUGACAUGGGCUUCAAGUUCAAGUACACCAUAGAUGACAUGUUUGAUGGAGCCAUUCAAAGUUGUCUGGAGAAAGGGCUUCUGCCGUAGGUUUGAAUUAGGGCACCAAGCAGCGUGCUCAUUAAUAAUGAGUAGUUUCUAUUCUCUGUUAAAAGGAGUUUUUACUCUGUAAUAAAACCUUAAAUCUUAGAUAAGAAAGUAGGUUAUCGUUUUAGGAGAAUUCAAGGGAAAUAAGUUUUAUUACUUUGAAUACAAUAGAAUCAUUGCAUUUUGUUUCUUAAGUAUAUGAAACUGUUACAUCUUUAAUGAGAGUGAAAGAAUGCAGCAUU